AUGGAGACGGGGUUGGGAGAUGUCUAUGAAGGGCCAAGUGCGGUUGACGACGGCGAGCCGUCUCAGGCGUCCAAUGGGCGAGAUUCUGGCAUCGCCCCCGGUAGUCUAGCAGACCUUAUGGAUCGAGUGGAUGCACAACUAAGCGUGGACCAAAGCUUUCCGGACGUCGAUCCAAACAUCUAUGGCGGCGAAGGCAUGGGGGGUGGGGGGCCUGUGUCGAGUGACGACGUGAAUGACGGCGGAGAGGAACAAUACGGUGGUGUAGAAUCGAACACCGAACAGCGUCGACAGCAUAUCGAGCCGCCAAUUGGGUCAGACAGUCGUAGCAGCGCUGAAGCAAUGCGUAGGCUGGAAAACCUUCACACCCAUGCCUCGUCUUAUGCUGCGAGCUCGACGAUGGAGGGCGGCCCUGAAAACCUUAGGCACAACACGAAUGCGGAAGAAUCUGAUUUCUAUCCAUUCCGCACGAAGGAACAGCAGCUGAUAUGGAUAUGGCAGCACACGCACCAGAUUUCGCAAAAAGCCUUAGGCGGGCUGCUGGACAUUCUCCUUCUCGAGGACGAGGGCAACGGUUUCGACGUGAGGGGACUGAAACGUGUUAACGCUGCGCACUUCAACAACCGCACGCGGCAAUACCUUCCCUCCUACGGGUUCUCGAGCGAAAUGUCCCGUCAACACAAGAAGGGAAGAGCUCUGCGGUGGUGCGGAGAUGCGAGGAAGACUUGUGCGAGUCUGGGAAGACUGUACAGCUGGAGGGGAAACGCAGUCAAUGUUGCCGGCGUCCUGGGCCUGGCGGAGAUCUACACGGCCGACGAGAUUGAAGCUGACAAGCACGAUGGUGAGUGGGACCAAGGUGUUUGGUGCACUUUAUGGGAUCGGUUUUUGGGGAAAGGGUUCGUGGUCCAAGCUCGGGCAAAACGGCGCCGUUCCGAGGAGGACUCGACGCAGAAGUACGAGUUGACCCACGCGCCUUGGUGCAAGGAAGGAACCUCUGAAGGCCCACUGUUCGUCUUGAGGAGGGAAGGCUUCCAUCUCAACAACUACAACAUCGUUUUUAUUUCGGCCCCUGUCGCUUGCUACAACGACGCCUUCAACUGCUUUGGCAUGGGAAACAAGGCGGUGCAGAGACUGAGGCGACAGACACACGUCGGAACCCUUCCUAGCACCGGAGCUUCUUGCCAAGGGGUUUUUCAGAGGUUGGGAACCAUUUCUUGCUGCUCAUUGAAAACCUCGUGGAAACUAUUCGCCUUUACCGCGGAACACGCCCAAGGCGAGAUCGGUCUUCAGUGUGAGAUCCUUGGAUUGCUGCAGAGUGGGUGCUUGGGAGAAUGCAUGCUCAGGGACGACGACGGGGCAACAUCGAAGCAUGAGGUGUUUGUGCGGGGGGGUCUGCUCCUGUGGGUCGGGGACGGGCCAGGUCGGGCCAAAGUGCUCGGCUCCAGAGCAUGCAACAACUUCUCGAGGUUCCCGUGUCCGUACUGCAUGGUUGAGCAACGCAACAUUACCGGGGGGGACCUGCGAGAUGCCGAGUACGACAUCGAAGCAAAUCGACGUACUUGGGGCCAGAUCACGGCCAGGUUUGAUACGCUAAAGUCCCUCGCAGACAACCCCGUCGAGCAGUCUCAACAAUCGAUGGUACUGGGGCUUGUCACAGACUCCACCGGCCCCUCCUUGCCCAUGUACGACUCAAUGCUCACCGCCCCCACCGCGAUUGUCUCUGUGGAGCGGCUGCACUUCGAUGCCCUGGGGUCCUGCCAGCUGUGCCAACUUUCCUGCCUCGAGAUGUUAACCCAGGGUCGACGGCUGGUCUCGGCGGUCGUGCCUCAGAACCCUUUUCUGCUUUACCCAGCUGGCAUGGAGCGUCUCAAGGAUAUCGUGUCCAACUACUCGUCUCUAACUGGGAGCGACUAGUGGACACUUCAGUCCAUCAUGCUGCUCGCCUUCCGACCGAUUCUUGCAAAUGUCGGAGCCAUGGUGAGGUUUUUCACAUUAGCGCCCGGAGGGGGGGGAGACCUCUUCUUUGUGUUGGUCGUACCGUAUGAAUAGGAGAGUACGUACACGACAUGAUAGUUGCUGAUGGUCCCUCUUACGAAAAAGAUACAGAUAUAUGAACGUGACUGGGCUGGACGAAAUAGGAGGAAGGUACAGAGACAUGUUUGAGGCAUGGAAUUUAGUACGAGAGACGGUAGCUAUGCUGGGGCACAGGAAUGGGGCUGACAAGGCGGGAAGUGAUGUUGAUGGGAUUGUGAACCACAUUCGGCAAGUAAGC